AUGGCUAAAUAUAUCUCAGCUUGUUCAUAUUUUAUAAAUGAUCAAUCAGAAUCCGAAAAUUGGAUGUACAAUGAUGAUGGUGAUGAUAAAAUGAUUAAUUUUAAUAAAAUAAUGGAUGAAGUUCAAGAAUGGAGUGAUAGAAAUAAUAAAUAUGAAAUUCGUUAUACAUUAACACAUAAUCUUCUUUUAAUGGGAAAAACUCGAACAGGAAAAACAACCAUUGCUAAAGUUAUUGAAAAUCCUUGUUAUAUUCCACCAGAUGCCAAACUUUAUUCUGAAACCAAACAAGUAACUAUUCAUCCAGUUGCAACAACAUUAAAUAAUAAUAAUAUAAUUUAUUGUUUUAAUAUAAUUGAUACUCCUGGCUUAUUUGAUAAAGUUAAAUAUGAAAAUAGAUCAUUAACAAAUAAUAAAAUAAAAAAAUCAAUUGAAAAAUGUAUGGAAGAAGAUAUAACAAAUAUUCAUUUAUUUGCAUUUGUUAUUAAUUUACAAAGUAAUUUAGAUAGAGAUGAUAUUGAUUCAAUGAUUUAUGUUAAAAAUAAUUAUUCAUUUUUACAUAAAUAUAUUUGUUUAAUUGUAACACAUUCAGAAGAAACAAAUCAACAACAAAGACAAAAUAAAAUCGAUGAAUUUUUUCAAUCAGAUCAAAUUAUUAAACAUAAUUUAAAAGAUUUUUUUGGUGAAAGAAUUUUUUUUAUGGGAUCAUUACGUUCACAAUUAAUUUUAUAUCCAAAUAAACAAUCUAUUCGACAACAAAUUAAAAAUGUUCAUCAAAUGCGUGAGAUUUUUAUUGAAUAUAUUCAAAAUUUAGAUCCCAAUGAUUAUUUUAAUAUUCAUCAUAUUAAAAAUUCAAAUAUUUGUACUAUUUUAUAA